GCUAUCAUUUUCUUUUCUUUUUUAAUUUUUGGUAGGGGGUUAAACAAGUUAACGAAGAGGAUACUCCAAAUUUCAAUCCAAAGCUUUGGGCGAUAAGAGAGUGGUGUUGAAAGUUGAUCCAGGCAGAUUCCAUAACCCUGUCAAUGACAACAGAGACAAGAAGAGAUGAUAGAACAAAGAUUUGGAGAUAACAUGCAUGGAUUUACUCUCUCUCUCACUGCAAACACCUUUCUUUCUUGUCCUCACACUCACCUUCCCUUCAGAUCUCUUCCACCUCUUACUCCUUCUCCAAUUUCUGCCAUACCCAGUUGCAGAAUCAGCUCUGCAAGUGGUUUCAAUAAUUCCCUUGUGCUCCAUUCACUUUGGAAGCGUGAGAAGAAAGAAAGAGGUGGCAAUAGAAUGGUGGUUGUGAGAGCAAGGAGUGGCGAGUCUCCAUAUGAGGUUUUGGGUGUGUCUCCAUCCGCAACUGUGGAUGAAAUCAAGAAGGCGUAUCGGAAACUUGCUCUCAAGUAUCAUCCCGAUGUCAAUAAAGAGGAUAAGGCACAGGAGAAGUUUAUGAGGAUAAAACAUGCAUACAAUACAUUGGUAAAUUCCAGUUCUCGCAAAAAAUAUGAUUCUGGAAAUCGUGGUUCUGAUUUUUCUCGAAGAAGCCGAAGUAGGAAUGCACAAGCUGCUGAAGAAGAAUUUUAUGGAUUAGAGGACUUCUUUAAGGAUCUUCAAGAAGAAUUCAGGAAUUGGGAAGCCAAUGCUGCUUCACAAGGAAAGCCAAAGAGCCUAUGGGAAGAAUUGGCGGAAAUAGGAGAAGAAUUUGUGGAGUUCCUUGAGAAAGAACUCAAUAUUACUGAUGCAAAUGACAAUUAUAAAACGCCUCAGGGAGGAAAUGAUUCUAACGUAUCUGGGACAGAGAUACCAAGGAAUAAUAGCACUCAAGGUGAAGCUAGCAAGGGAAACAAAAGUGUUGAGGAUAACCUUGAUGAAAUAGAAGCAACACUUGCUCAGUUGAAAAAGGAGUUAGGCUUGUAGCACAAAAGGAUUUGGUUCCUCAUUUGGUUGAGAGCAAAGGCCAAAAUGUAUUACCUCAUUCUUGGCACAAGGCAUAUGGGCUUUAUGUGAAUUGAAGGCAUAUCUCUUGGGGGCCAUUGCAAACUUAAAAGUUAUAAAAUUGACUAACACAAGGGCUUCUUCUGUUUUACUGCUUUUUCAUGCUGGACAUUCCUCAUCCAGCAAUAUUUAUUUAUUUAUUUUCAGUGUUGAGUUGGGUAGGUAUACACAUAACAGCACUAAAACUUCAAUCAUAUUCAUGGGUAUAUUAGGUGAGAUGGAACCGAGGGAAAUGUAAAGGGACUAUAAAACUAAAUUAGUUUGUAAAACAUUUUUGCCUCUCUAACAUGCAACAAUACAAAUUGGUUGUAUUUUUUAAAUG